CCUAUCACACUUGCGAUGAGUGGAAGCAGACACAGAGCCCACCUCUCUCUCCUCCACCACCCUUGUCCUUCCUUCCUAUGUAUUUUAGAGAGAGAAACUGCCAUUAACACUGCAAGAUUAGCUGCGGGUUUUAACGCCUCAUCAUCAUCCCCUAAAGGUUUGUUCUCUGGAUAUAGAGGAUGAGCUCUUUGGAUGUGGCGAGAGCAGAACUCGCGCUUGCGGUUCUGUAUCUCAAUAAAGCUGAAGCCAGGGACAAGAUCUGUAGGGCAAUACAGUAUGGUUCGAAAUUCAUCAGCGAUGGCCAGCCCGGCACGGCUCAGAAUGUUGAGAAGUCGACUAGCUUGGCUCGCAAAGUUUUCCGUCUCUUAAAGUUCAUCAACGAUCUUCAUGCUCUGAUCAGCCCGAGUCCUCAAGGGACACCACUUCCUCUGGUUUUGCUGGGAAAGUCCAAGAAUGCCUUGUUGUCAACCUUCUUGUUCCUUGAUCAAAUCGUCUGGCUCGGUAGAUCUGGCAUCUACAAGAACAAAGAACGUGCUGAGCUGAUCGGUCGGGUCUCCCUCUUUUGUUGGAUGGGUUCCUCGAUCUGCAGCGUCUUGGUCGAGAUAGGGGAGCUGGGAAGGCUUUCAGCAUCGAUGAAGAAAUUGGAGAGGGAACUUAAGAACAGCGAUAAGCACCAAGAUGAACGAUACCGAGCCAAGGUUAAGAACUCAAACGAAAGAUCUCUUGCCCUGAUCAAGGCAGGUUUGGACAUUGUAGUCGCAGUGGGUCUGCUUCAACUGUCCCCAAAGAAGGUUACUCCUCGAGUAACCGGAGCCUGUGGAUUCGUCAGCUCUCUCAUUUCCUGCUAUCAGUUACUUCCAUCACCCGCAAAAUCAAAGCUGUCUUGAAGUGGGAAGGUUGUGAGAUCAAGAUCGAGAAGAAGUGUCAUUACUUAAGUUUACACGUUUUGUUACAGUUGGAAAAUUCUGCUUCCCACUACUGGAAUGAUACUGAUAAUACCUCUCUGCGCUCUGUAUUUCUGAAAUCCACACCCCAACGCAACCAUUUCUGAAUUCAAUGGCUGUCUUUGAAUUCGAAUUUUUGUGAGUGUCUGUUC